AGGCUUAUAUCACAUAAAAAUGGGCCAAGAACGUCUCGACAAUGCAAAUCCAACACUUUUCGACUCAAAACCACGUCAUCGACCUGUUACUGGCACUGAAAGAGAUGAAAGCGUCGAAGAUCCAAUCGAUUCGUGGGAGAUUUUCGAUCUGAUCAGAGAUAUCAACGAUCCAGAGCAUCCAUAUACUCUCGAGCAGUUAAAUGUGGUUCAAGAGGAGCUUAUCAAAGUGUUUAUCGACGAAGAAGAGACCUUUGUGAAGGUGAAUUUCACACCAACCAUUCCACACUGCAGUAUGGCAACACUAAUCGGUUUGGCGAUUCGAGUGAAACUUUUGAGAUCUUUGCAUCCGAAAGUUAAAGUUAGCGUUUCAAUCACUCCAGGAUCACAUUCUACGGAAGAAUCAAUUAACAGGCAGUUGGCCGACAAGGAACGAGUAGCUGCUGCAAUGGAAAAUCAAGGACUAAUGCACGCUGUUAACGAAUGCCUCAGAGUUCCAGAAUAACCAAAAAAAGAUCCAGAUUAAAGUUUUUGUGAUAUUAAAAGUUGCCUAUCUAUCAGGUUUCGAAUAAAAACGUGUUUAAAAUU